GAACGCAGUUUCCAACUCGGGAAAGAGUACAGGCUGCUGGUUAGGGAAGUGGGCGCGUCAUUGAAACAAGCAAGAAAGUCGAGCCGUGGAUUAGACUGUGGAGUUGCUGCGUCUACGGUAACGUAACGCAACCGGAACGAUGGUGCAGCAGACAGAGAGCAGCGAGACAGAGAGCAUGUCUAGGGAGGCAACCGACACGGAGGAGAAUGAAUUUAUGGCUUGCAGCCCGGUGCCGCUAAACCCGGACUGGUGCAAAACGGCAACCGGUCACAUUAAGCGCCCAAUGAAUGCGUUCAUGGUUUGGUCUAAAAUCGAGAGGAGAAAGAUUAUGGAACAGUCCCCGGACAUGCACAACGCAGAGAUCUCCAAGAGACUGGGAAAGCGGUGGAAAAUGUUGAAAGACAGCGAAAAGAUACCCUUCAUCAGAGAAGCCGAGAGGCUCCGGCUUAAACACAUGGCUGAUUACCCGGACUACAAGUACAGACCCAAGAAAAAACCAAAGCUGGACAGUUCUUCAAAACCAUCAGCGCCGUCACCGGAAAAACCCGGUGGAAAAAAUCCGAAAACACCCAAUAAAAAAUGCCCUAAAUUGAAGACCAGCAAGGCGGGUGCUAAGUCAUCUCACGAUUACGGAGACGAUUGUGUGUUUCAAAACUUAAAGUGUAAUAAGACUGUUGUUAAGAGUGAACUCACUGAUGAAGACGACGAUGACGAAUAUGAAGAGGAUUUUCGUAUAAGGAUUAAGCAGGAGGACGAAGAGCCAUCGAGGCCAUAUAAUGUUGCAAAAGUCCCCGCCAGUCCAACUUUGAGUUCCUCUACUGAGUCGGAGGGUGCCAGCAUGUAUGAAGACGUUCGGAACGCAGCGCCGAAUAGACUGUUUUACAAUUUUAAGAAUAUCACCAAGCAAAGCGCAACCCACCCAGCUUCCGUUUCACCAGCAUCAUCCAGGUCCGUUUCCACCUCAUCCAGUUCCAGCGAAGACGCGGACGAUUUGCUUUUUGACUUCAGUUUAAAUUUCACCCCAACUGCUCAAGGAUCCGAGCUGGGGAACCCGAAUUCAGGAAACCUCUCUCUCUCCCUAGUGGAUAAAGACUUGGACUCUUUCAGCGAAGGCAGCCUGGGUUCUCAUUUUGAAUUUCCAGAUUACUGCACCCCGGAGCUCAGCGAAAUGAUAGCGGGUGACUGGCUGGAAGCUAACUUUUCUGACUUGGUGUUCACUUACUGAGUUAAAAAGAACCCCGGUAAUGACAGGGGAGGAUGAAAUUAAAUUAUAUGUCCUGUCCAUGUUGUUUCUAGCCCUGCCCCUUCUGUGGUUUAUCUUUGGGAUCGGGGGAGGAGGCGAAAUGAGGUUUGGGGAAUUAAAGAUGCUUUUGAGGCUGGUACUGUAGCAUAAAAAGUCUGCAGACGCUUUUCUGGCAGCAAGACAGGGUUUUAUGGGUUUUUCUGUAGGUCUACAAUUACUGUUCAACAAAAACGGACCGCAAAGGAAAAAUCUGUGAACUUCUAUGCAUCUUAUCCUCUUAAAAAAACUGCAGGGAGCUGAACACGUCGAGACUGUGGACUGAUUCAAAGCAAAUCUGUGAACCUACUCUGUUCAGGACGUUUCUUUUACAAUGGUUUUGUGAUUUAUAUAUGCCGCAAACGUUUCUUUUUAUAUAUAGAACCAAUUCAUUUACCUCCCGGUUUGACAAUUUUAAGCAGCCUAAUCCUCUCGCGUGCAGGAGCGGGAGGAUACAUUUUGAUACAUGACAGACCUCAUCUUUUUAAAAGAAAAGUAAGAUAUUUUCAGGCAUAUUUUUGUACAGUCAAAAGGGAAUGUUCUUAUUGUGCUUUUAGUAAGGCUCAGGCGCUUGUUCCCGCUGUCAUUACUUUCAGCAUGCAAGGGGAGUCCUGCUCAAAGGAUUAAGUUCAAUUGCAAAACUUGCAUCAAAAUGCCUUGUGAUUUUAAGCUAGGUUUUGUACAGUCGUAGAUCAGAUUCGUUGAGUAUUUGUAGGAGGAAAAAAACAUGGCAUUGUGGGAGAAGCAGAUUUCAGUGCCCGGUACUAGUUUGAAGAUUGUAUAUGUACUGUAAUAUAGUAAAGUUAGGAGUUUAUGUAUAUCAUGCUCGUGGUAUGUGGAUGGAUCCCAAAUCGCAGGUGUGAAACUGGAUUUUUUUUUUUGUAUUUUUUAUGGCACAUACUGAUUCCCCCAACCCCCUCAUUGUUGUGCAAUAUAUACUCUUAAAAUACAGACCAUCUGCAUUUUUGUAGCAAAUGAUGGAGAAACAGAUUCGAGCUGUCAACAUCAUUACCUGUCGUAAUGCGGAAGUCUGUAUCUUUACAAAAAUAAAGACAGAUAUCAGCUGGAACUGAUGCAAAAUGAAUAAAUAUGGCCAUGCGUGGUAGUGCGUGUCUUGGGGAAAAAUAGAAUAAAUUCAGUCGUCCAUUACCUUACCCAAUUUGAUCACAAGACACGAUAUUUGGCAUCGUGUAGCUUAACUGAACAAACGGAACCCAAAAUUUUAGAAGUAUUUCUGUGCCCUAAUAGGCGAGGCAUGUGGGUGGUCUGGAAGUAAAACACAAGCAUUCCAUAUUACAGUUUCAUAAAAUGGAACAUUUAUUUUAAACGUAAGACUGCCUUUUCUAAAACAUUAACCUUGUAUUUUUUGUUUCUUGCACUUAAUAGACAGAUUUUGUUUAUUUUUAUGUGGGUCCUUAAUAUGAAGUGUGUUUGAAUACAUGAUUUGGAAUACGAUGUACGCUAACACCAAGGAGAAAACAUUAAAAGACACGUGACAGUAGUUAUGUCAUAUUCCAAGUGUGCAUCUCUUUUUGACUCAUGUUUUAAUAAACUAUUAAUUACCACCA